AGGUCCAUUAAAAGGUUCAGUUCAUCGUUUGUUUCUACGUUUGGAGACAUCAUGGGAUCAUCAUCGUCUUCUUAUUCUGGAGGGAAUCAGAAUGACAGGGAGCCAGAGCUCGGGGACUUGAUUGAGAUCUUCCGUGACAACUAUGAGCACUGGGCUGUGUACGUUGGUGCUGGCUUUGUUGUUCAUUUUGUAAACCACUCUGGAGUCUCCAGCGGCAACCCUGUCCAAGCUGAAAAUGGCACUGUGCGGAAGGAGAAGUUAUGGGAUGUGGUGGGAAAAGAUAAAUGGAGAAUCAAUAACAGCAUGGACAGGAAAUAUAAGCCACGCCCAGCUAAUGUUAUAGUGGAGGAUGCUAAAGCAAUGGUGGGCAAAGAACUUGGAUACCACCUUGUCGAAUAUAACUGUGAGCACUUUGUCAAAGAGCUGCGGUGCGGUGUGGCCGAAUCACUGCAGGUGGAAAAACUAGCAGCAGUCGCACUCGUGGGUGGUGCAGGCGUUAUCGGUCUGGCUGGCGCUAUGGCAUCUAGAAAUAGACCCAGCCCAUUUUGACUUCACCUACUGAUCGUGAUUCCUGCUGUUCAUUCAUUUUAAACAAAUCAUUUUGAACAGUCUGGAGCUGCUGUUUCUC